CUGGAAGACUCCAGGGGAUUUAAAUGCCUCCUGGAAGCCUUAAGCCAGGGCUGGAUAAUUGCGUGGAGGGAGCCAGGGGCCGGUUUGGCGUGAGAUCCGCGGCGAGGCGGCCCCUGGGCUGCGAUCCUCCUGGAGGAGGGGGCUGAUAGAGAGAAGUAAGCCAGGAUGGAUUUGUACGAUCCUCAGACGCUGGGUGUUAUGGUCUUUGGUGGUUUCAUGGUGAUUUCAGCUAUUGGGAUCUUCCUGGUGUCCACCUUCUCCAUGAAGGAGACCUCUUACGAGGAAGCCCUGGCUAAGCAACGCAAGGAGCUCGAGAGAACCCAGCAGCACAAAGUGGAGAAGAAAAAGAAAGAGAAACCUGUUGAGAAGAAAGGAAGGGCCAAGAAAAAAGAGGAGAAACCGAAUGGGAAAAUACCUGAGCAGGAGCUGGUUCAGGACGUGACUGACUCUCCCAAGGAAGUAGACCCUGAACCUAUUGCGAUGUGUGAACCAGUGAUCAUUGAGUCUCCUAUUCUGGCGGUUUCAGCUCCCCCUCAGGAGAAGGAGAAACCUGCCCCGUCCCCUAAAGACAAGAAGAAGAAGGAAAAGAAGGUGGCCAAGGUUGAGCCAGCUCCCCCACUUGUUACUUCUCCAUCAGUCGCUGUCCCAAAAUCUUCUCCAGUCUUGGAGGUAGCUGCCAAAGAAGUGCCCGUUGUGGCUGUCCCACCGGUCGGCACGCUACAAAGUGCUCCCGUAGUUAAUUCUGUUGCUGUCAAAAAAGCGGAAGCUCUGGUAACCCAAGAAGAGCCAAAGCACGAUGGAGCUGCCAAGAAGAAGGCUGUGGCCAAGAAGAAGAGCGAGCUGAUUCCUACAGAUGCUGAUGGCCCCCUCUACCUCCCAUACAAGACCCUGGUUUCCACCAUUAGCAGCAUGGUUUUCAGCGAGGGAGAGGCUCAGCAGCUCAUUGAGAUCCUGACGGAUAAAGCAGGCGUUCAGGACACCUGGCAUACGGCGACUCAGAAGGGGGACCCGGUUACCACUCUGAAACGUCAGUUGGAAGAGAAAGAAAAGCAACUUGCUACUGAACAAGAGGAUGCAUCUGCUGCCAGAAACAAACUGAGGGAGCUCACUAAGGAGCUUGCAGCUGAGAAGGCCAAGAUGGUCGCUGUUGAAACCAAGUUGAAAGAGCAGCUGUUGGCACGUGAACAAGAGAUUACUGCCGUGCAAGCUCGCAUGCAGGCUAGUUACCAGGAUCAUGUGAAUGAAACCCAGCAGUUGCAAGGAAAGAUUCGGACUCUUCAGGAACAGCUUGAGAACGGCCCCAGCACCCAGCUGGCUCGCUUGCAGCAGGAGAACUCGAUCCUGCGGGAUGCUCUGAACCAAGCCACGAGCCAGACGGAGAGCAAGCAAAAUGCAGAACUAGCCAAGCUGCGGCAGGAAUGCAGUAAACUAAUGAAAGAGCUGUCUGAAAAAUCGGAGACGCUUCAUCAGGAGGAACAACAGAAAAAGAACCUGGAGAUAAAGGCCGCUGCGUAUGAAAAACAAAUCAGCCAGCUCCAGACUUCUCAAAAAGAAACGGAGGCGACACUGCAGAAGAGGCUGGAUGAAGUAAGCGAGGAGCUGCGCAAAUCCCAGACCAGCUACAAGAACCUGCUGGCAGACACGGAGAAGGCGAAGGACCAGCAGCAGAGCAUUGCUGAGUCUGAAGCCAAGCUGCUGUCCUAUGAAAUGGAGGUGAAGAGUAAAUCGGAGGAGCUGAGCACCCUGAAAGUGAAGCUGCUAGAAGCCAGCUCUGAAAACGAGCAGCUCACAGAGAGGAUCAAAUCCAUUGAAGCUCUCCUGGAGGCAGGCCACGCGAAGGAAGUGGAGAAAGACGCAGACUUGCAGGCAGCUAAUCAAGCAGAAGUGAGCCAGCUGCAGUUAAGACUUCAAGCGAAGGCUGAGCAGGUCUCCUCGCUCGAAAAGGAAGCUGUGGAGCUGAGAGAGAUAAUCGAGCAGCAGAAAAUGAAAAACAACGGUCUUCGCGAGAAGAACUGGAAAGCAAUGGAAGCUUUGGCCUCGGCUGAGAAAGAGCGUGAAGAAAAGUUGCUUUCUUCCACAAAAGCAAAGGAGGAUUUGGAGCAGCAGCUUAGCGCAAUUCAGACGCAAACGAAGCAGACGCUGCUUUCUCUCUUCCCGCAGAUCACUGUAGUUUCACAACAGGCUUACGGGGUGUGGCUACAGGAGUUUAAGGAGAAGAGUCUGGGAAUGCUAGAGCAGCAGACAGCUAAAACGGAAUCUCUUGAUUCCGCGCUUAAAUUAAAGGAAGCAGAAGAGGCGCAGAGCACUUUACAAGCAGAAUGUGAGCAGUACAGAACGAUUCUUGCUGAGACGGAAAGAAUGCUCAAAGACCUGCAGAAGAGUGUGGAGGAGGAGGAGCACGUGUGGAAAGCAAAGCUAACGGCGUCUGAAGAGGAACUGCAAAAGGUGCAUCCUAAAGAUUCUCGUCUGUGUGUGAGCAGGAAUCCCUGGGGUGCUGGUGACGCGUCUAAUGCUGUAAAUAACAAGGGGAUCAUAAUAAUCCCUUCUGGCCUCAGUCUAUGAAAUGCAAGGGCUUUUAGAGGUCCCUUUGUAGGGAGGGGCACAUCUUUAAAAGGCUCUGGGGUUGAACUUGGUGUAAAAACACGUCUUCUUAAAUAAAGAUAGCACUUUCUUUGCCCUCUGCAAUACGGCGUGGGCACAUGCUGGGAGGUGAGAAGGAAAGAUGCCCUCUGUAUAAGCUUCUGCCUCGCUGAGAUCCUGACACACACAUUCUGCCUCUUGAGCUGGUGACGGUAUUCCAUUACUUACCUUACAACGUUCGCAUCCAAGCUCAAGAAUCAAACUCUGGCACCUCCACUCCAUGCAGGGGAGUCUGGAAAGCCUUCAGAACGUCGAUGUUCAAAGAGCUGGCUGUGUUGGAGCGGAGAGUGCACGGCGUUCUUUGCAAGGCUGUUUUUCCGUGCUACUUUCGGGACUCCCCGCUGUAGAGGAAAUUGGCUACCUCUACAAGUCUGGAUUGAUGCUGGCAUUGGAGCGUACACUGGUACGCGUCACAAAAGAGCCCCAUUCAAGCCACCCACAGUGUGGAAUCCUCUCCAGCUGUCUGUCUCGCUGCAGACGAGAGAUACUCUGGGCAGAAUGGUGCAUAAAGGCUGAGCAAGAGGCUGUCCUCUUAAAAGGAUAACCCUUUAGAGAGUGUGGGAAUGAAGGGGUGUGGCUGAUCUCUUAUUCCGUAGCUGGUGUUCAUGAGAACUUGCCUGGGCAUACUACAUUAUAAAGGAAUUUAAAAUGUCCCUCUAAAAAGAUUUUACACUCAAAAGUGUCUAAGCUUAGCAUUGUGGAGCUCAGUAUUUGUGUCAAAUAGAUAAUGUUAAAUUUACUCUGGUUACAAGGGGUAUGUGUAACUCCCACUCCCAUAAACACCAGAGUUUUGAGAGAAGCUGGCUUCUUUCCUGUGAUGGCGGUGCAUGAAAUCAAGAUUCUGCUGGCCAUAUUAUGUUCUGUCUUGCCCAUACGUGUAAUGUGAAGUUGGUGAGGUUGCAUGGAUGUAGCUGAGCAUAGUAUGGCCAACAGAUUUGUCAUGGUUGGUGACUACAGUUGGUCAGGAAAUGACGUUUUCCUCCUGAAAAACAAAAACUAUGAAUGGUGGCUUUUUUUGUGUUAAUUUUCCAUUGAGGUUUUCAUUGAAAAACCCAAACUUCAAAAAUGUUCAGUUUAAAACCAAAAAAAUUUCAGGUGGUGGUGAUUGAUUUUUUUUUGGAUUCUUCAGCAAAAAUGUCAAUGCCCUCAAAAAGCCAUUUUUCCCCAUCAAAUGUGGCCAAUAGAAAACAUUCUACUGACUUCAGUGGUGACUCAUUAGAAGGGAGGAACCCAGCCUGACUCUCAGAUCCUUGGCUUAGUUUGCAGGGAUGACUGUAUCGUCGUCCUUUUUCGGAUGCGGUUAGUAAUGCGGCAGCACCUAAAGGUUCCAAUCCUGGAUCAGGAGGCCAGUUAUGCCAGGUGCUGUACAAACGCAACAAAUGGUCUCUCCCUCAAAGAGUUUACAGGCUAACCGCACUGUGCCAUUUUUAGUCGCUUGUAGGAGACAUUUUAGAGGAGAGUCCACGCUGGGAAAUACGGCAUAUUAACACUUUCUUUCUUUCUUUACAUUUUUUUGGGGGGG